CUGCACUACUACUACUACCACUACUACUGGCGUUGAUAUCAAUAUCUGAUUGAUAAGAUCUCAUUUAUCUAUUUAUUCAACUCUACUGAAUUUCGACUCCGACUCCAUCCAUCAUGGCCCUAACCCAACAACAACCCGCCACCAUUCCCUUAGACGUCUUCCCCGACGGACUAAAAACCACGGGUCAACACCCUCCACUCUACGAACAUAUUCACCCCUUCGAUAAAUUCCCCAAGGAGAUCACCGGCCCCACGGUCUGGAAGCCUGAGGAUUACAGCAAUAACCCAGAGAAAUGGACGCAUCGGUUCACAGAGGAGGAGAUUGACGAGUUAUCCGCCGCUGCGGAUGGGUUUUUGGAGGCGAAGAUUCCCAUGACUGGUAUUAGCAAGAGCAACUUCCCCCUCCCCAACCUAGCCGCCCGCCUGCACGAACUCCGCGCCGACCUCCUCGACGGCAAGGGAUUCAUCCUCUUCAAGGGCUUCCCUGUUGAGAAGUGGGGAAACCACAAGUCUGCUGUCGCGUACAUGGGUCUCGGCACGUACCUCGGGUACUUUGUUAGCCAGAACAGUCGGGGCCAUGUGCUUGGUCAUGUGAAGGAUCUGGGCGAGGAUCCGACGCAGAUUGAUUCUGUGCGGAUUUAUCGCACGAAUGCUAGACAAUUCUUCCACGCAGAUGACUCCGAUAUCGUUGGCUUGCUUUGCAUCCACCGCGCCAGGGAGGGAGGUGAAUCUGACCUGUGCUCUUCGCACAACGUCUAUAAUGUCCUGGCGAAGGAGCGCCCGGAUGUGCUCAAGACUCUCACAGAGCCUAUCUGGUACUUUGACCGCAAGGGCGAGACGAGCACGGGACAGGAGGAGUAUAUCAAGACGAGUGUUAUUUAUCUGGAGCGUGGGGAGAACCCUCGCGUUUAUACCAAGUGGGACCCCUACUAUGUGCGUUCUCUCACUCGCUUCUCCGACGCUGGAAUCAUCCCUCCGCUCUCAGCUGCUCAGGUUGAAGCUCUGGAGGUCCUUGAGGCGACUUGCAACCGCGUCAAACUGCACAUGAUCCUCGAAGUCGGCGAUAUUCAGUUCCUGGCCAACUCCCAUGUGCUGCAUGCACGCACGGCCUAUGUUGAUCACGCUCCGCCUACGCCCAGACGCCAUCUCAUGCGGUUGUGGUUGGCCACGCCGGAGAGCGAGGGCGGAUGGAAGCUGCCAUUCUGGGAUAGCAAUGAGAAGAAGAGAGGUGGUAUCCAGGUCGAUGAUCAGGCCCCGGUGGCUCCUCUGGAUGCCGAGUAACGGGCCAAAACGACCCGAUGAUAUUCAUGUCUGUAAUGUGUACGUUUAGCUUCAAUACCAUGUUAAAUUAGUUAUGAG